GUUGGGCCGGCGAACGCCACAUUGCUCGGCGUUGGCCGCCGCGUAGCGUAGUGCGCGUGUGACGUUUCCGUGGUGAGUACAGUUGAAAGUGUGGCUUGGCGGGUGGUGAACUCGCCUGUCUGUCGUGUCGCGAUCGUCGUGCGGUGAGGACUCCUCGGUGGCAAAAUGGUCGCGGUGAAAGGACGCAAGAACUCGAGCAAGAAUCCGCCGAUAUUCAGCCAUGAAUUCAUCAUACAGAAUCACGCGGACAUCGUCUCCUGCGUGGCGAUGGUCUUCGUAGUCGGCUUGAUGAUACAGGUUACCUCACCAUGGGCAUAUACUUUUGUUGCCUUGCAUUACAAUGUGACCAAUUCUACUGAAGACCCAAUAGUUACAACAAGGUAUACUACAGGGUGGAAGGAUGCAUGUGCAGUAUUCUUUUACUUUUUGAUAACUAUCGUACUGCACGCUGUGCUCCAAGAAUAUAUAUUUGAUAAAAUUUCCAAGCGGCUUCAUCUCAGCAAGGCCAAACUUUUCAAAUUCAACGAGUCCUGCCAAUUGAUUGUCUUUUAUAUAGUGUUUACAUUGUGGGCCAUUGAUAUUAUAAUCAGGGAAAAUGUACUUUUAAAUCUACCAGCAUUGUGGAUGGAAUAUCCAGCGCCAAUGUCCUUCUCUCUGAAGCUGUUUUUCGUUGCUCAGUUCUCCUACUGGUUGCACUGUUACCCCGAGUUGUAUUUCCAACGAGUCAAGAAGGAGGAUAUUCCGCUGCGCGUUCUCCACGCGACUGUCGGACUGUUCUUCACAUUUUUGGCUUAUUUCUUCAAUUUCCAACAGCUUGCUGUAAUUCUGCUAGCUCUGCAUUUCAUGGGAGACGCCUUGCUACACAGUGCCAGACUGAUCCAUUUCAUUAGUCAAAAAGAGAAAGCGUCGAGACUAUCUUUCCUCGUUGCCAAUUCAACGUACGCGUUCGCGCGUGUAGCGAGCGUCGUGCUGACAACAGUGGUGUUCAUGUACGGUUUGAGAAAGUUGGAAAACAAAUUCGACUUCGCCACCGGCAACUUCAACAUCCCUGCCGUACAAUAUGCGAUGGUAUCCGUCAUCUCGUUCUUCCAAUCCUACCUACUGUAUCUGCUCAUUAAGAAACAACUAAAGUACGCACGCGAAAACGCUGCACCGGUCGUUGUGAAGGCGAAACCAAAACAAAAGUCGAGGAAGCGAGAAGGCAAGAAAUCCGUCCAGUCCGAGGACGACGAGCUCCCGGAGGUGGACCAGGCGACGAAGAAGAAUCUGAGGAAUCGUUCGUCGGCUAAAGCAAAAUAGAUGUCUAAUAAAUUAGAGAAAUCAUCCUAAGGCUGAUCGGAUAUUCGAUCCUAUUCGUCUGUAUGUCGUGAAUGCGUCUGAAUUGUGUCCGAGAACGCAAUCGUAAUACAGGAAUUCGAAGCUUCCAUACAUAGUCGCUACCGACUCAGAGUCACGUCGUGCAAGAUGCUGAAGUAUUCGAUACUCGGCUUCGUAGGAAAAUGUAUAAACGGACAAGUGGUUCUUAUCGUUAAGCAUUUCACGAAAGCGGUAGGUACAGGGAUCCGCUAUGAUAACGAGUUUUUUUUCUCUUUUAUUUUCUUUUUUUUCUUAAUUAUAAUUAAAUCGAUCCUUUUGUGAUUUACUCAUUUUCGUUUUGUAAUUGUAGAUAAAUGUUAUAUUCACAAAAAUAUUAAUGCGCAUUUUGGAAUAUUGUCUCUUUAGGCACGUUGCGUAUAUUUUCUAGGUACGUAAACGUGUGCAAUCUUUAAUACUUAUUAAUAUUAAUACUUAUUAAUAUAGAUUAAUUGAUAAUUGAAAAUUUGCAAUUGUUCCUUCCUAUUUCAUCGUUAUUUAAAAUUCACGGAUUUCCUUUUGCACGUGGCUUACUUCUGAUAAAUUUAGGGACAAUUGAUUAAGGAGUAAGUAGUCAGAGUAUAAAAAUAUAUAAAUUUACUACAGUAAUAUAUACAUAUAUUAUAUAUAUAUAUAUACAAUAAGUUGCAGGAAAGAGAGUAAAGAAUAUACACUAUAUAUAUCGCACGAAUAUAAUAUUCUGGACCAUAAAUGUGUUAUAAGAAUUAUGUCAAAAAUAUACAUAUCUUAUUAUGGAA